AUGAUAUUUAAAUCGUUUAUUUUUUCACUUAAAAUUACUAUGGAAAGAUCAAAAAUAAAUUCAAACAAUAAUGAAAUUCCCAACAAAACAAUUAAUUGUAUAAGUUUAAAGAGUUGCACUUUUACAAGACCAAAUUUUUUAAACUUUUAA